AGUUCAGUCACUCGGUGCGCGAUGUGUUACUCACUGUGCGGCGGGGACCGCGACGAGCCCGGGUCGCCGUUGGCAGCAGCAGCAGCAGCAGCAGCCCCAGAGGCAGCGCGGACCCCGAGUACCCGGGCACACCCCGGCACCCCGGAACGCGGCGCGGCGGCGAGACCCGUGCGGCCGCGCGCGCCUUAGGCUCGGCCCCGCGGCUCGGGGACCCCGACUCUCGGCCCAGCCAGCGAGUCCCCAGGCGCCGCCCGAGAGCCCGGGAGGCAGCAGCCGCGGGCAGCCGGGCCAGGGGGCGGCCACCGCCUGCGCCGGGCAUCCUCUGGGGCCCCGGAGCGGGGAGGGCGCUGCGCCACCGCGCGGUGCCGGCCCCCGCGGGCCUCCCCCAACCUUCCCCACCUCCUGGGCCCGAGGGACGCCGGCGAGCAGGGGGGGAGGGAGCCGCCCCCGCCCGCGCCCCCCUCCGCUACCCCCAGCCCUUCCAAGCCGGGCCGGGCGGCGCGGCCUGAAGCGCCCGCGAUGGCGAGCCCGCCGCUCCACGGGCCCCCCGGGCCGGCGGGCGGCGACGGCCCCAACCUCAACAACAACAACAACAACAACAACCACAGCGUGCGCAAGUGCGGCUACCUGCGCAAGCAGAAGCACGGCCACAAGCGCUUCUUCGUGCUGCGCGGGCCCGGCGCGGGCGGCGACGAGGCGACGGCGACAGCGGGCGGGGGGCCGGCGCCGCAGCCGCCGCGGCUCGAGUACUACGAGAGCGAGAAGAAGUGGCGGAGCAAGGCGGGGGCCCCGAAGCGGGUCAUCGCGCUCGACUGCUGCCUGAACAUCCACAAGCGCGCCGACGCCAAGCACAAGUACCUGAUCGCCCUCUACACCAAGGACGAGUACUUCGCCGUGGCGGCCGAGAACGAGCAGGAGCAGGAGGGCUGGUACCGCGCGCUCACCGACCUGGUCAGCGAGGGCCGCGCGAGCGCCGGCGACGCGCCCCCCGCCGCCGCCACCGCCGGGUCCUGCAGCGCCUCCCUGCCCGGCGCCCUGGGCGGCUCGGCCGGCGCCGCCGUGGCCGAUGACAGCUACGGGCUGGUGGCGCCCGCCACGGCCGCCUACCGCGAGGUGUGGCAGGUGAACCUGAAGCCCAAGGGCCUGGGCCAGAGCAAGAACCUGACGGGCGUGUACCGCCUGUGCCUGUCGGCGCGCACCAUCGGCUUCGUGAAGCUCAACUGCGAGCAGCCGUCGGUGACGCUGCAGCUCAUGAACAUCCGCCGCUGCGGCCACUCGGACAGCUUCUUCUUCAUCGAGGUGGGCCGCUCUGCCGUCACGGGCCCCGGCGAGCUGUGGAUGCAGGCCGACGACUCGGUGGUGGCGCAGAACAUCCAUGAGACGAUCCUGGAGGCCAUGAAGGCGCUCAAGGAGCUCUUCGAGUUCCGGCCGCGCAGCAAGAGCCAGUCGUCAGGCUCGUCGGCCACACAUCCCAUCAGCGUCCCCGGCGCGCGCCGCCACCAUCACCUGGUCAACCUGCCCCCCAGCCAGACGGGCCUGGUGCGCCGCUCGCGCACCGACAGUCUGGCCGCCACCCCGCCGGCAGCCAAAUGCAGCUCGUGUCGGGUGCGCACGGCCAGCGAGGGCGACGGCGGCGCGGCCGCCGGGACCGGGGCGGCGGGCGGCAGGCCGGUGUCGGUGGCGGGGAGCCCCCUGAGUCCGGGGCCGGUGCGCGCGCCCCUGAGCCGCUCGCACACCCUGAGCGGCGGCUGCGGCGGCCGCGCGAGCAAAGUGACGCUGGCGCCGGCAGGGGGCGCCCUGCAUCACAGCCGCUCCAUGUCCAUGCCCGUGGCGCACUCGCCCCCAGCCGCGACCAGCCCAGGCAGCCUGUCGUCCAGCAGCGGGCACGGCUCGGGCUCCUACCCGCCGCCUCCAGGCCCGCACCCGCACCUGCAGCACCCCCUGCACCCCCAGCGACCUUCCAGCGGCAGCGCCUCGGCCUCGGGCUCCCCCAGCGACCCUGGCUUUAUGUCCUUGGAUGAGUAUGGCUCUAGCCCCGGGGACCUGAGAGCCUUCUGCAGCCAUAGGAGCAACACGCCCGAAUCCAUCGCCGAGACCCCCCCGGCCAGGGACGGCAGCGGGGGCGAGCUGUACGGAUACAUGACCAUGGACCGGCCCCUAAGCCACUGUGGCCGUCCCUAUCGCAGAGUCUCAGGGGACGGGGCCCAGGACUUGGACAGAGGGCUGAGGAAGAGGACUUACUCUCUGACCACACCUGCCCGGCAGCGGCCAGUGCCCCAGCCCUCCUCCGCCUCCCUGGAUGAAUACACCCUGAUGCGGGCCACUUUCUCUGGCAGCUCGGGCCGUCUCUGCCCUUCCUGCCCUGCCUCCUCUCCCAAAGUGGCCUACCACCCCUACCCCGAAGACUACGGUGACAUCGAGAUCGGGUCCCACAGGAGCUCCAGCAGCAACCUGGGCACGGACGAUGGCUACAUGCCCAUGACCCCUGGCGUGGCCCUCAUGGGCGGUGGCAGCGGGAGCUGCAAGAGUGACGACUACAUGCCCAUGAGCCCCACUAGCGUGUCUGCCCCGAAGCAGAUUCUGCAGCCACGCGCUGCCGCGACGGCCUUGCCCCCCUCGGGAGCUGGAGUGCCCACGCCCACCUCGGCGGUCAGCAGGGCCUUUCCAGGGAACGGGGGCAACUACAAGGCCAGCUCCCCGGCUGAGAGCUCUCCCGAGGACAGUGGGUACAUGCGCAUGUGGUGUGGCUCCAAGCUGUCCAUGGAGAACGCCGACAGCAAGCUGCUUCCCAACGGGGACUACCUCAACAUGUCCCCCAGCGACGCAGGCACCGCGGGAACCCCGCCGGACUUCUCUGCUGCCCUGCAUGGCAGCGGGGAGAUGCUGCGGGGCGUCCCCGGCUACUGCUACAGCUCCUUGCCUCGCUCCUACAAGGCUCCAUACACCUGUACAGGGGACAACGACCAGUACGUGCUCAUGAGCUCCCCCGUGGGGCGCAUCCUGGAGGAAGAGAGGCUGGAGCCGCCAGCCAGCCCGGGGUCCACACAGUCGGCCAGCGCCUUCGCAGCUGGGGCAAGUGGCGGCGGCCACACCCAGCCGCCCCACCCAGCAGUGCCUUCGCCCGGGAGGCCGGGUGGCAGCGGCAGUGGCCGCCCAGAGGGCUUCCUGGGCCAGCGCUGCCGGGCCGUUCGACCCACGCGCCUGUCCCUGGAGGGGCUGCAGACCCUGCCCAGCAUGCACGAGUACCCCCUGCCGCCCGAGCCCAAGAGCCCCGGCGAGUACAUCAACAUUGACUUCGGCGAGGCGGGCGCGCGCCUGUCACCGCCCGCCCCUCCGCUGCUGGCCUCGGCCGCCUCGUCGUCCUCGCUGCUGUCCGCAAGCAGCCCGGCCUCGUCACUGGGCUCGGGCACCCCAGGCACGAGCGGCGACAGCCGACAGCGCUCUCCGCUCUCCGACUACAUGAACCUCGACUUCAGCUCGCCCAAGUCACCCCAGCCGGGCCCCCAGGGCGGGGACCCUGUGGGCUCCUUGGACGCACUCCUGUCCCCCGAGGCCUCCGCCUACCCGCCGCUGCCCCCGCGCCCGGCCGCCCCCUCCUCUGCCCUGCAGCCGCCACCCCCGCCUCCGCCUCCGCCGCCCGGGGAGCUAUACCUUCUGCCUCCGGCCCCCACCUCCCAGGGCCCCAGCGCUGCCUCCUCCUCGUCCUCGGAGACGGGGGACAAUGGUGACUACACCGAGAUGGCCUUCGGCGUGGCUGCCACCCCGCCACAACCCAUCGCGGCGCCCCCGAAGCCGGACGGUGGCCGCGUGAGCAGCCCCGUGGCCGGCUUGAAGAGGCUGAGUCUCAUGGAUCAGGUGUCGGGGGUCGAGGCCUUCCUGCAGGCCAGCCAGGCCCCAGACCCACACCGGGGUGCCAAGGUCAUCCGCGCAGACCCGCAGGGGGGCCGCCGCCGCCACAGCUCUGAGACCUUCUCCUCGACCACCACUGUGACCCCCGUGUCCCCGUCCUUCGCCCACAACCCCAAGCGCCACAACUCGGCCUCCGUGGAAAACGUCUCUCUCAGGAAAAGCAGCGAAGGGGGCGGCAGCGGCGUCCUGGGUGGGGGCGAGGACCUCCCCACGUCCCCCCGCCAGCUGCAGCCACCACUCCCCCAGCAGGCUCGGCAAUGGACUCCGGGUCAGCCCGGGGGCUUGGUCAGCUGCCCCGGGGGCAGCGGCUCUCCCAUGCGCCGGGAGACCUCUGCGGGCUUCCAGAACGGCCUCAACUACAUCGCCAUCGACGUGAGGGACGAGCCAGAGCGGUCGCCGCCCCCGCAGCAGCAUCCACACCCGCAAACCGGAGACAGGAGCGCCUGGGGCCGGGCCCGCGGCCUCGGGGGGCUCAUCAGCACGGUGGGGGGCGGCGGCGCCGGCGCGGCGUGCGGGGGGCCGGGCCCCGCCGCCCUGCCCUCCGCCAGCACCUACGCGAGCAUCGACUUCCUGUCGCAUCACCUGAAAGAGGCCACGGUUGUGAAAGAGUGAAGAUCUGUCUGGCUCUGUCCCCACGACAUCACACGUCAGAGAAAAACGUUAAAAGAGGACACUCAGCGUUUUUUUUUUUUUUUUUUUUUUUUUUUUUUUUAAUCCAAAGCUGCUUACUGUUUUCUUUGGGAUCUGAGCAAUUACCACGUGUGGAAGCAUCUGCCACUGUCAGGCGUGGAGCCACCUGCCUCUCUCCCGUGUUCCCGCAGGGGGUGUUCCUCCUCGUGCUGUUCCUGUUGUGUUCUGUUUCGUUUUUUGAUGAAAUUAGCGGAAGAAGUGGUUCACAAGAAAAUUGGAUGUCUUCACGAGCCUUUUCAGUGGUGGCUGGUGUCUUGAGUUCUUCUUUACUUUCGUCCGGGCAGAGCAGGUCUCCCCUCAGCAUGCUGGGAGCCUCUACCCACAGGCACUAACAUGGUGAAAUCUGGAAUUUACUGGCAUCCGCUCAAAACUACCACCGUCCUACCUCAGUUCCAGGUGAAGCCGAUCGGCGUGGUCGGGGCCGGCGGGGCCUCACGCCCCUCUGCUGGGUCCCCAGUGGCCCUCGGCUCAUCCGGCUGGUCCCGUACGCGGCUGCUCGUGGACUCCAGUCCAGGUACCUACGUGCUCACUCACAGACAGAGCCCAGUGUGGGACUGACGUUUCUCCGCGGAGAUGAAAUUUGAGAUUGGACUUUGAAGAUGGAUUAAUAAAUAAUAAUUAUUAUAUGUAACUGAAGCAAACCUACUUUUGGAAAUCAUCAACUCUGUUGGGUAGUGGGGGGUGGGAGGGGAGGGUCUGGGACAGGGGUCAAUAUCUCUUUUUACCUUUAACAGACUUGUUUAAUCUUCUCCAUGUAGACGUUUCUGUAGGUACUUAAAUUGCAAAAGCCUUUGAUCCUAUUUACAGCUCAAAUGUCUCUGCUAUCCUUAAUCUUGAACUUGUAUUUCUCUAACCAAAAAUUCACAUAGGCAUGUGGGUGGUUCAAGGGUGGUUAAGGAUUUGGCUGAUUUUUUAAAAAAAUGUAUUGUAUUUACUGUGAUGCUGUCACGUCAGCCGGCAAGGCUACCCUGAACAACAACAACAGAACACCAAAAACAAAGACAAAAAGGAAAGAAACGGACGAAGGAGGCAUUAAUAGCCCCUGUGUUAUUAAUAGACGACGAAGAAGAAAAACAAUCGCACAGGACACGUUACUUGUCACAAAAACUCCCGACAGGGCUGCCCUUGUUUUGUGUGUUUUCAGUGUUCUGAGAAAUAUCAGUAUUGUGACAGUUCUUGGCAGGUGUCACUGAAAACUGCUGACCUCGACCAGCAGAAUGUCACCUGAUCUCACUGCUCCCUUGCCACUGGAGGGGAGGGGCAUGUAGAGCCUCCCCCCCCCCACCCCCGGGGGUGCGUCCCCAGUGCCUCUUCUCUGAGAGUCCUAUAGAGGUUACACGAAUUCAUUGGAGAUUUGAGGUGGGUUUUUUUGGAGAAAAAUAUAUAUAAAUAUAUAGAUAUAUAUCACUAUAGAAUAAUGCAUUAAUAAAAUGAGGCUUUUCUAGAGGAAGACCAAAAAAUUCAAUGUCUUAAAAAUAUAUUUAAUCGCAAUGCAAAAGUCUUCCUCCCAUGCUGAACUUUUAGAACAGAGGAUUGUAUUGCAAGACAAAGUUGAAUGUAAAGUGACUCCCCUGACUGUUUUUAAGGUUUUCCUUCUCUGGAAUCAGACAGCCCAGAUGUGCACAGGAGACCACACACAACAUUAGUUGGAAGGUCAUUCUUCAGUGUGUAACAUACAAAGACUUUAUUGAAAUGUAUAAAAUGUCCUAAAGUUUUGGUUUAGUUUUGGGACUAAGGAUGGAUGGGUGGUCCUUGCUACGAAACUCCCCCCAGGAGGUGGGACUGAGCUGAGCGCAGCCUCUGCCUUGUAGUUAAGUAGCUUCCCCGUCCUCAGUGUAGCCGAGCCGCCACCCCAGUGGUUCGCGUUCCUCCUGCAACUUAAAACAAGCGAAGUAAGAAGUUGACACUAUACUAAAUUUCCUUCUAUCCUGUACAUUUCAAAAAAGGCAUAUGCAAUAUUUACAUUUUUAAUUUAGUUUACAGAAUGGAACCAAAAUGUAUAAAUGUUAUGUUUGUUAAAACUUCACGAUGUAUAUUGGGUCUUUGUACAUUUUGCCUGACUUACCUUAAAUUUAAAAUAUUUUUUGCUAUAUAAACUUUAAUAGUUAUUAAACAGUGUUUUCUUUUGGGGUACGUAUUGUUUCUGGAUAUCAAGAUGUUAAAUAUAUUUCUUGCUAUUGUGACAUGACAGCAGACUCUCGCUCUGUCUUCCCGCGCCCUCGCGGUACACACGGGCCGCUGUGGCGCCGCCGGAGGCGGGACUCAGCGGGACUGCGGUAGCGUGUCGUGCGUAGUCUGUUCCCAUCACGGAUGCUCCCCUUAAUAGCCAUACGCAGUACAAUAAAGUACAUUAUUUAUGAAGCGAA